AGGAGUAUGGUUACCAAUUGUUACUACAUUCCCCACAGGGCAAACCAAAUCUACAUAUUUGGAAAUGCUAGACAAAAUAGAGCCGCCAAUAGUUCCAGAUGGAUACGGUAUCUCUGUAGCAUAUGCUUGUUUAAUGGAAAUUAUCCGUUCCCUCCAAAUAACUAUAAACCCACAACAGCAACCAGACGAACCUGUUCAACCCAAGAAAGAAAACAGCAAAGAACUGAACUGCCAACUGAUCAAUUCAAGUUGGUGUGGCUUGUUAGCUGCACUGAGCCCGCUAGUGGAUGCCAGUACCGAAGAGUCUAUAACUGAAAAUAUCUUGAAAGCUAUUCAGACUUAUACUUCAUUGUGUGGCAUGUUGGAUUUGAACACUCCAAGAGAUGCGUUCAUAACAGCUAUUUGCAAAUCUUCCUUGCCACCACAUUAUGCUCUUACAGUUUUAAAUACUGUAACCUCUGGAGUGAAUCUUAGACAAGUUCAUAGAGACAGUCAAGAUAUGAACAUUCCUCUUAUUGUGCCCUAUGGUGAAACAGAAUACCGCCAACAGGUAGUAGCAGUUGGUACUCCUCUACCAACGUCAUCUAUACCAGCUGGAACUCAACAAGGACCUGUGAUGCUAACGGCCAAAAAUUUGCAGUCAAUGCGAGCUUUGCUUAGUUUAGCCCACUGCCAUGGUGGAAUUUUAGGAUCGUCUUGGCAUUUAGUCUUAACCACGUUGCAGCAUUUGGUUUGGAUUUUGGGACUAAAGCCAUCGACUGGAGGAAGUUUAAAGGCAGUGCGACCUGCUACAGAUACUAAUACUGGUAUUACUAGUUCUGUUAUGGAUAAUCUGCCAGUUUUGUCUACUAUGUUAAGUAAAUUGUUCGAAUCUAGUCAAUAUUUAGAUGAUGUAGCAUUGCACCAUCUUAUAAGUGCGUUGUGUAAACUGUCUCAAGAAGCAAUGGAGCUGGCAUACUCCAACCGAGAACCUUCCUUAUUUGCAGUAGCCAAGCUACUGGAAACAGGUCUAGUGAAUAUGUCGAGAAUAGAAGUACUUUGGAGGCCCUUAACAAACCACCUACUUGAAGUGUGCCAUCACCCACAUAUAAGAAUGAGAGGUUGGGGAGUCGAGGCUAUUACAUAUUUGGUCAAAUCAGCUUUGCAUUAUAAUCAUGUAGUACCCUUGCGAGAAAACCAGAAACUCCAAACUUUACUUCUGGGUCCUUUAUACGAACUAUCUUCAGUUCCUCAUGGAGAUGUUAGGCAAAAGCAGUUGGAAUGUGUUCUACAAAUUCUGCACACAAAUGGAGAAACGCUCACUCAUGGUUGGCCGUUAGUGCUUGGUAUUAUUGGUGCUGUCAAUGAUCAACAUGGCGAGAAUUUGAUUAGAAUUGCUUUCCAAUGUCUGCAGCUGGUUAUAACAGACUUUUUGCCUGUAAUGCCCUGGAGAUGUCUGCCUCUAUGUGUAGACACUGUUGCCAAAUUUGGUUCUCAAACACAAGAAUUGAACAUAUCUUUAACAGCAGUUGGUUUAAUGUGGAAUAUAUCAGACUACUUUCACCAAAACCAAGGAAAAUUGAGCCAGGCUUCACUGGAAGAGAGCACAGUCCUUCCUGAUUUUCCUGGCACCGUUAAUAUGCCUAGUUUUGACAAGCUCUGGAUGUGUCUGUAUUCCAGCUUAGGAGACCUAUGUGUGGACACCAGGCCUGCUGUCAGAAAAUCAGCUAGUCAAACCUUAUUUUCCACAAUAUCUGCUCAUGGUAGCUUAUUAAAAUCAUCAACAUGGCAAAUUCUCCUUUGGCAAGUUCUGUUUCCAUUGCUGGACAAAGUUAGAAGUCUGUCAAACUCCGCAAGUAGCGAGAAGGUAGAUGCAGGCGGCAAUAUCCUGAUCCAUCAUACCAGAAAUACUGCUCAGAAACAGUGGGCCGAGACCCAGGUCCUCACCUUAUCGGGAGUUGCUAGAGUAUUCAACACAAAGAGACAACUCUUACAAGUUUUAGGCGAUUUUCCUAGAGCGUGGUCUGUUUUAUUAGAAUUCAUAGAAAAUGCAGCUUUAAGUAAAAAUAAUGAAGUAUCCAUAGCAGCUCUCAAAUCUUUCCAAGAAAUUCUCUUUCAAAGUAAAAACCAAAGUACAGACAAUAAGACUUUAAUAGAUGAUAAAGAUAUUUGGGUGGUGGCCUGGAAAGUCUGGGUGAAAAUUGGUACUGAAAUAACUGUGCCCUUAAUUGACAACGAAUCCCACGAAGAUUUUUACAUUCCAAGUCAAACCUUUCUCACAUCCUUAGUUCAAAUAUUUCCUUAUGUGUUUCAACAUGUUAGGAAUACGUUCACUUUGGACGACCUAAGGCAAUUAGGAACAGUUCUCCUAAACGCUGUGAGCAUUCCUGUUUAUGGAGAAACGCCGUACAUAAUAUCUACUUCCUCUGAUAUAAUUUUGACACCAUUACAUGACGGAGUGCUACAUGUCAUGGAACUUCUCCAAAAAGAGGCAAUGCAAAAGAAUAACUCAAAAAUGAUACCAGAAAUAUUUAAGCUGUUGCUGUCUUUUUCGAAGUUCACGUGUUCACCUCCAACCUUUACCAAAGUAGACAACAAGCAAAAAAUAGCAGAUUGGGUCACAAUGAACUAUGUGCCCUUUGGCGAAAAAGCGGUUUCAAUGGUAGUUAAGCUAUAUGAAAAGACUGCUGAAAAUAACGAAGUUAUAAGUGCUAAUAUAUUAAGAGAGAUUAUAGUAACCCUUCAUACUCCUCUAGCUCUAAAGUAUAAUUGUGUUUCAAAUAGUAUAUGGAAGUUAGCAGCAAACAGUCUUUUAACAGUUUUAAAAGUGGGACUAAAGGUUGCUAGAAUCCAUGGAAACCAGUUUGCAACUAUGUGGAACGAACUAUAUAAUACUCUUAAUGAUUUUCUCUUUCCAACAACAUGUGCUGCUGGAGAAAAAGGUUUGGAUGAGAUGGUUUCAGACGAAGCCACUGACUGCCAGAUAAUAGAACUGUUACGGACAGAAGUAUUACCUUUCUCACCAAAUAUUCCAAAAGAUUUUAUAAUGCAGGUAGUGAUUCUGUUGAACAAAGGAUCUAUCCAUUCAGCCACUAACGUCAAAACCGAUGGUGAUAUUGAAUUAACCCUUCGAGAAGAGUUUGCCAAGACUUGUUUUGAGACACUACUCCAAUUUUCUUUGAUCGAUGGUGCUAAACAUGAACUGGUGGUUAACGGAGAUGAUAAAAAUAAUGGUAUUGCUGGACAUUUGGCGGUGACCUCUUUACUCCAUAGAUUUCAAGAAGUUUUGAAAAAAUACAUCGAAGAUGAAAAGCUUAGCGGAAAAUGUCCAUUGCCAAGGUAUCGCCUCUCUGAGAUUUCUUUUGUAUUGAAAGCUCUUACUACGUUAAUAAUUUCGAUGAAAAAGGCUACAGUUGUGAAAGGGGACAAUAAUGCUUGGGAACAAUUAAUAAGUCUUUAUCCUUUUUUGGUGGAAUGCACAACAACAACGUCCACCCAAGUUUCUAGACCUCUAAGGGAAGCUUUACUACAGUUCUGUGAUCUUUUGCAACCACCUCAAAAUAGAAAUAAUAAUGUUAUAACGAUUUCAGAUUCAAUAAUAUAGUCUUUUCAUAUUUGUACCUGUAAAAAAUGGUCAUAUCUGUAACCAUAUGUGAACUGUCGGCAGGGGGAUUUCAUUCACAGGGUAUUACUGCUAUUGGAAUCUCGAAAAUUAUAAAUACAUAAUUCUUGAAAAUAAGGUUCUUCAUUUGUUCUAUAUACAUAUAUGUAACCAAAGCUAGAAGAAUAACAUAUGUAAUCAAAAACAAUUGUGUUCAGGAAUGGCCGGAUCUGAAGAGCGUUGUUUGAUGCUGUGAUUCUUAGAGCAUGUUGGAAAAUCGGUUAUAGAGUAUUUAAUAAAAGUCUAUAUACUUCAACAGUUAAGGACAAUGAUUGAGUCAUAUCUUUAUUAUUAUAAACAAAGCAUUUAAAGAAAGAUACAGAUUCAGCGUAGACUUUCACGUGUGAGUGAAUAUUAUAACAAUACAUUGUUUGCCGGGCUUAUAAGCCGUGAUAGGGAUUUUUCUCUUCCUGUAGUUUUGUCUAUAGAUGCAGAAGGCAUUAUUAAAGACAAUGUGAAAUUCUUUUUCUUCUUCUUUUGUCAUCAUAACUCUGGAUGUGUCUUUGUCUGUCUGGCUAUAUCCUUCCAUUCAGAUCUCUCUUCCAUUGUCUUAUAUUCAUGGUUUUCAGGACGUCUUCCACGUCAUCCAACCAUCUCAUUCUCGACCUUCCUUUUUUCGCCUUUCUAUCGGCUUCCAUUGCAAUAUUUCGACGCCUUCUUGUCUCUGGAUAUGUCCCAGCCAUGACAGUCUUUGACUUUUCACAAAUUUUAAAAUAUCAUACCCUUCAUUCAAUUCAUUAACCUCCUCGUUUCUCCUGAUUCUCUAAGUGCCGUCUUCCCCUUGCACCGCGCCAUAUACUUUUCUCAGUAUCUUUCUCUCAAAUGCCCUUUGCUGGGCUUUAUCUUUUUUCGUCAUCACCCAAAUUUCACAACCAUAGGUUACUACAGGUCUAAUCAAUGUUCUGUGUAUAGGGUGAGGCAAAUAACUGGCCUAUUAGAAAUAUCUCGAGAACUAAAGGCAACAGAAUCAUGAAAAUAGGAAUAAAGGGUCAUGGUCUAUUAAAUGAAAAUAUUCUCAUCUAUUUGCAACUUCCGGUUAUAGCGGAAGUUGCUUGUAACUUCGUUAUUUUUUAAUGGAACACCCUGUAUAUUUUUACAUUUUUGGAUUCUCCUCAAUAUCUUCUUUUUAUAAAUAUGAAGUUUUGUAAUAUUAUACAGGGUAUUUUAAAAGAUAUUACGUUUUUUUUUUAAUUUCGUAGCAACAUUCACACCCUGUAGGAUUGUAGUUUGACAUCAAAAAUUCUACUUAUGUUCAAGUGAUUUUUAAUAUAGUCUACUAUUGUUAAGAAUCAUUAGUAUAGCUAAUUUUUUAAUUUUAGUAUACAGGGUUGGUCGAAACUCGGAAUGAAUAUUUUCUGAGUUUUCUUAAAUAGAACACCCUGUAUUUUAGUAUUGUAAUGAAAUGAUAUUUCAUGGUUCUUUUUUAUUUUAUAAGCAUUCCCUAUACCUAACUGCUUUAAUUUGUGAGUUAUCGGUGAUUCAAAUUAAACAUUAAUUGCAACAAAAAAUACGUAAAAUUUUAUUAGGUUGGCCGUAACCAUCUUCAAUCACAAAUAAUUUUUUAAAAAUAAAUACUUAUUAAUCUAGACUUAUCCUUAACAUUACCAAUAAUGGUUUAGCUAUCAAAAUACCUGCGUAGUUAAGAUUGUGGGUGCGAUUAACAAUUAAGCACAAAUUAAAGGAGUUAGGUAUAGGGAAUGCUUAAGAAAUAAAAAAGUACCAUAUAAUAUCAUUUCAUUGCAAUACUAAAAUAUAGGGUGAUCCAUUUAAGAAAACUCAGAAAAUACUCAUUCCGAGUUUCGACCAACCCUGUAUACUAAAAUUAAAAAUUUAGCUAUACUAAUCAUUCUUAACAAUAGUAGAAUAUAUUAAAAAUCAUUUGAACGUAAGUAGAAUUUUUGAUGUCAAACUACUACAAUUCUACAGGGUGUGAAUAUUGCUACGAAAUUAAUAAAAAAACGUAAUUAUCUUUUUAAAAAACCCUGUACAACAUUACAAAACCUCAUAUUUUAAGAAAGAACACAUCGAAGAGAAUCCAAAAAUGUAAAAAUAUACAGGGUGUCCCAUUUAAAAGAACGAAGUUAUAAGCAACUUCCGGUAUAACCGGAAGUAGCAAAUAGAUGGAAAUAGUUUCAUUAAAUAGAUAAGUCCUCAAAACCCCUUCAUUCAAAUUUUCAUGAUUCUGUUACCUUUAGUUCUGAAGAUAUUUCUAAUAGGCCCUUUAUUUGCCUCACCCUGUAUAGUCAUUUUGGUUCUUUUGUCUAAUAAUUUCGAUGCCGUCAAUCUUAUGUUAGCAUAGUAUGUACGAUUUCCACUGGAAAUACGUGUAUUAGUUUCGAUAUUUACGGAAUUCUUCUGAUUGAUUUCUGUGCCAAGAUAUGUGAAGGCAUCCAUACGUUCAAUAGUGUAGUUGUCUAUUACCAUAUUAUUUUCAUUGUCAGGUGUUAAUGUCGCUUGUGACUAGCAAUAAACAGGAAGAAAUAACUCCAUUGCAUAUAAGCCCGUAAAACAAUGUAUCGUUAGAAAAAACUACAUAGCAGCACUGAAUAGUUGUUCCCGUGGAUUCACUCGAUAUAGGUUGGGUGCCUGAUUUGUGUAGGUGUUAGAUAUGGAUAAUAUAAAAUGAUUAAAAAAUUAACAUUUCAUAAUUACAAUAGACAAUGAAGGAACAUGCAAUAUGUGUAGGCUAUAAGUAUUUUUAAAAUUUAACAUUCAUUAUAAAGGGAUGUUCUAUAUUCUGUGAUUUAUGUAAUAUUGAUAACUGAUUUGUUUCUUAUAAUUUACUAAGAUUUUGUGAUUUUAUAGAAUAAUUAUAAAAUUGCUGAGGUUCCAGUAGGUUAUCUACCUUGUUCAAGAAGGCGAAUAUGUAAUUAUAAAUACAUUUCAUUAAUCUAGUAGAGAUCCCCUUGCUGAAAUUGUUUUAUGAUAAGGAAUGUAGUUAAUAAAUAUUAAGGCAGUUAGCAAAUCGUAAAAUAAUUUUAUUCACUACAUUCACGAAUAAAUUAUUAAAGUUUUAA